AUGGAUACUUUCAAGACAGACCUGAUCAAAUCGCUAAGAAAUCCAACAGAUGCGAACUUUCAGAUGGCAAUUAAAUAUAUUCCCGUUAUUGUUCAACGUUUAGGAAUCGAGAGAACCAUAUCUGAAUUCAUACCUUAUACAUUUGAUUUUUCGAACUAUAAAUCUAAAGAGAUUAUUGAAUUUCUACAUGAAUUUGAAAAAAUAUCUUUAGAGAAUGUUAAUUCAGAUACAAUUGGCAGAUUUUUAAUCGAAUUUAGUCAAAUUUUCCUUUUAAACAAUAGAGUUGUUGAUCAAGUUGCCUUAGAAUCAAUUCAAAAGCUUUUAUUCACAUUAGAGCCUUCUAAAAUCUCGAACGUCCUCACAGAUUACGUUUUAUGGUUAGUAAAUAACCCCGUUAUGUAUUUGAGAAGAUUAGCACCUCAUCUUCUCAAAGUUCUUACUGAUGAAAUAUCAAAGAAAAUCCUUCUCACGAUUGUUCCGUUAUUAUUACCUUUAUGCGAGGAUCCAUCAUACUUAGUAAGAGAGUCCAUAGCCAAAUAUCUUGGCAUGAUAUUAGAUGAAUUUGAUGGAUCUCUUGUUCCUGAUAUUCGAAAUGUGAUCCAAAAGCUUCUUAGUUCAGGAUCAAAUAGUAUUCUUGUUCAUAUACCUGUUCUAUUAUACGGUUAUGUGAUGGAAGAAACCCAUGAAAGUGUCAUAGAAUUUUGUAAUUCUCUUCUUUCUUCUACAGAUUGGAGAGUUAGACAAGAACUCUUCAUUAAUUUAGAUACGAUCUUGUGCAGUUGCACAAAUUCAAAAGACGUUCUAGGUCUUAUUACAAAAGGUUUAAUUGAUAAAGAUGAUGAUGUCGCUUUGGCAGCAGCAAAGCAAUUCGAAUUCUUUAUCAACCAUUUCCAGAUCUCUCAAGAAGAUAUUGACAGGAUUUUUGGAAGCGCAAUGAAAAGAGAAGAUCCAAGGGUUGUUAUUGCCUUGGCCGGCUCUCUACCAACACUUUUCAACGGUAUAUACAAAGAAUUUUCGAUCAAAAUCAUGGUAGACUUGAUAAAGAAGAAUAACGAAAAAAUUACAAAAGGAAUUUGCGAUAUUUUUAGAGGAACAAGUUUACCGGACAAUAUUGUCCAAUCUCUUAUGGAAAAUAUAAUUUCUAUAAAGGAAUGGAGGACAAGAAGCGAAAUUGCCCAAAUAUUACCAAGUCUUAUUUCUAAAAUGACUCCUGAUAUCAUGUGUUAUAUAUCUAUGCUAUUAGAAGAUGAUGUAAUAGCAGUAAGAAAUAAUAUGUGUAAAAUAAUGGGAAGUCUUGUAAUAAAAUUCGGAGAUAAUUGGGUUAGAACAGAUUUAAUUCCAACUCUAAGCGAAAUGAUGAAGGAUGUUGAUUAUCAAAUAAGGCAAACUGCUCUUGUAUGCCUUGACGAAGCUAAACUACUUGAACAUGAAGAUAGCAAAUCAAUUUUGGAACAAGCAUCAAAGGAUAGUGUUUCAAACGUGCGUCUGAUAUUGGCAAAGAUAAUCCCUGUAAAGUCUCCCAUUUGCCAAGUCCUAUCCAACGAUGAGGAUCCUGACGUUAAAGAUGUAAUAUUAAGUAGAGGUGUAUCGAAUAAAAAUUUUGUAAAUUAA